GCUUUUAGCUUGAUUGAUUUUUGGUCUGCGCAAAGCUUAUCUGAAAACCUCCUCCUCCUGCAACUCUACUUAGUCGGGCUCUAUAUCGUGAGGCAGGCUGAAUCAUGAGACUCGAAACCACCCCCGGAAUGCAACCCCAACCUUACCGACCAUACCGCUCGUCAGACCAUGUGUUGAGCUAGGUCUAGGGCGGUUCUUACUGGUAAGUAGGGGAUUUUUUACUAGGAUGUGUUAUCAUUGAAAGGUAGGCUGGCCGCCCAGGAUGGGCAAGCAAACCCAACGGCCCUCGAAGGUCGCCGAGAAAGGAGAGAGAAAAAGAAAGAAAGAGGACCGCGUGACUCGGUCUGCUUGCUGCUUACUUAGUAAGCUUCCAAGGUCCCUUUUUAGCGUCCAUAUUUAUUCCAACUGUCGCCUUUUACCCCUGUUGUCCUCCUACAACACCGACAGUAAUGGCGCUCCUUCUUUGGUCUGUCUCUUCCUUUCUGCUGGCAUGUGUGGUAUUUUUGGUGAGGAGGACACGCGGUAGUCGUAGAAUCCCGUUAGAUGCCCGGCCUUUACCAGGACCCAAGUCUCUCCCUCUUGUCGGCCGAGUACACGAUGUCCCGGCUGAAGCAUCGUGGCUGAAGUUCUACGAGUGGAGCAAGGAGUAUGGCCCCAUAUACCAAACCGAGAUGUUCGGCUCUGUCCACGUGUGGAUCUCGUCGGAGCAAAUCGCCCAUGAUCUGCUCUCGCGACGAGCCGCCAACUACUCGGAUCGGCCACAGAUCCCCAAUCUUCCAGACAACCGGACAAGCGGGCACUAUCUAGCGCUCUCGGGACGAAACGAAACUUGGAAACGUCAGCGGAAACUCUGCCAGCAGCUGAUGACUAUAUCGUCUAAUUCUUCAUUGCACGGCUACCCCCCCAAGGAGCGAGACCGCUUCCUCUACCUGCUCUCCCAGAACCCUUCGCAAUACCGAGAGCUAGUCGAACAGUUCACCUCACGGACCGUGUCCCGCCUCUCCUGGGGCAGUCCGCACCCAGCGCAGCUCCUGCGAGCGACGACCUUCGGCCUGCUCGAGACGAUCUCCCCGUCCGGCGCCCUCCCCAACGUCAUAUCCUGGCUCCGGCACAUCCCCGCGUUCCUGAGCCCCUGGAAGCAGAAGGAGGCCGCGCGGCACAGGCUCGAAGCUGGACUUCUGAAGGGCAGCGUGCAGUACGUGCACGACCGGAUCGACGAGGGAAACGCCAAGCCAAGCUUCGUGCACAGCUUCAUCAGCAAUCUGAGUCGGCAGAGCGAUCGGAGCAAGUGGGGCGACGAGGCGGAGGCGACCUAUGUCGUCGGCCAGAUGGCUAUUGCGGGCGCCCUCACGAUCGGGAGCCCGAUCCAGAGCUUCAUGCUGGCCAUGCUGCAUUACCCGGACUGGCAGGAGAAGCUGCAGGGCGAGGUUGACUCUGUGUGCGAGGGGGAGUGUCCGGCGUGGAGUGAUCGCGAACGAUUGCCGCUGCUGAGGGCUGUGGUUAAGGAGGUCAUAAGAUGGCGUCCGCCGGUUCCUACAGGCAUCCCCCACGCAAUCGAACAAGACGACGUCUACAACGGCUACUUCAUCCCCGCGGGUGCAACCAUCCACGCGCUAGAAUGGGCCAUCACCCGCAACGAGGCCGUCUACCCAGACGCCGAAACCUUCAACCCGGCGCGCUGGCUGGAGCCCAGCUACCCGACGUACAAGGAGCCGCUGAGCGUGUACCCGAACCUGCACGGGUACAGCCAGUUCGGGUUCGGGCGGCGCACGUGCCAGGGCGUGCCGAUCGUGGACCAGGACCUGUUCCUGGCCAUGGGCGGGAUCGCGUGGGCGCUUGAUCUGAGGAAGAAGAAGAAGAUGGUGAAGGUGAAGAAGAGGAUGAAGAAGACGGUGGUGGAGACGUCCAGCGCGGAUGGCACGGAAACGGGUGCGGAAGAAGAAGUGGAAGAGGAGAUUGAGGAGGAGGUGGAGGUGGAGGUGGAGGUGCCGGUCCACUGGAACGACUACACGCCGCUGCUGAUCGCGAAGCCGAUGCCCUUCGAGUUCGACGCGACGGUGCGCGGCGAGGGGAAGGAGGCGCAGCUGAGGCAGAUGUGGGAGACGGGGAAAGGCGAGGAUGACGAGGAGGAAGAGAGGCAUCAGAUGGUGGAGCAUGUACACAAACCCACUGCUGGUAGAGAUGGUGGUCAUGGCAGGAGAGGUGAUGGAGACGUGCUGGCGCCGGAAACGGACGAAGAUGAUCAUGAUGGCAGUGAUCAUGGCAGCGAGACUAGUGCUGCGGCGGGUUCCAUGACGACGGACUCGGUGCUAUCUGUGGUCAGCAGUACUGAGUCGGAAAGAGACAGCGUGGAUGUGGAUGCAGACUGUUGUUGUGCGUCGACGUCGGUGCGCAGAUUGGGCGAGGAAGAGAAGCAAGAGAAGCAGAAGCGCAGGGCGUUUGUGUCAAGUGAGGAGGAUGAGUAGGUAAGGGGCGAGCCAGCAAGCAAGCAAGCAAGCAAGCACUGCUGCUACCAACCUAGUAUGUCUCUGGGUAUACCUACCUGCCCAGUCUCGAGCGUGCUGUGGAAUUUUAGGAUUCUCAAAAGGUUCUUGUGAUGACGUUCGUUUAUAGUCUUAAUACCGGUUGGAUAAUACCUAGGUAUUCAUGAUGGGUUUCUGGUUUCUAGUUAGGUACCUAUUUAGGGGGACAAGUACCAAAGGUGUAGGAAGUAUCUAUUCUCAUCUCUGUUCAAAGUAUGUAUCGGCUAGGUAGUA